UUUAUAAAAUGAUGAGGCCUAAAGAAUCAGAUGUAUAUAAGAGAAUUCGUUUAUUGGGUUAAGGAUCUUUUGGAAAAGCAUAUCUAUGUGAAUCUUUGAAAGACAAUUCGUUGUGUGUAAUAAAGCAAAUGGAUAUGAGAUAUUUAAGUGAGGAAGAGAAAAAAGUAUUUGAGAAUUUAAAGAAUAUAUAGGAAACAUAUUAAGAGUUCAGAAUAAUGGCUUAAUUAAAGCAUCCAAACAUAAUAAAUUUUAGAGAAGUAUAUAAAACUGUGAAAGGGAAACUAUGUAUAGUAAUGGAUUAUGCAGAAGGUAAAAAUAAAAAUUAAAUGAUUCAAAAUAGGAGGUGAUCUAGCUUAAGCUAUAAAAAAUAAUGAAGGCUAUAUUCCUGAAUCAAGAAUAUUAGAUUGGUUUACUUAAAUGUGUUUAGCAAUUAAACAUUGUCAUGAUCGUAAAAUCAUUCACAGAGAUGUUAAAACUUAAAACAUGUUCCUUACAAAGGACAUGAGAAUAAGAUUGGGAGAUUUUGGAAUUGCCAGAUUAUUGGAUAACACACGUGAUAAAGCUCAUACAAUGGUUGGUACACCAUAUUACUUGGCUCCAGAAUUAUUAGAAAAUAAACCAUAUAGUUUUAAAGGAGAUGUAUGGUCUUUAGGAGUUAUAUUAUAUGAAGUAUAUAACAUUAUAAAUCUUAGAUGUGUGCUAAGACUCCUCCUUUUAAUGCAGACUCAUUAGCAUCAUUAGCAUUAAAAAUUGUACGUGGACAAUAUUAAGCUAUUUCCAAUAACUAUUCACCACAAUUAAGAACGUAUAUCUACUUCAUAAUUAAUCAAAGAUAGCCUUGUGAAUUAACUUCUCACUGUCAAUCCUGAAAAAAGACCUGAUGUACAUUCUAUAUUAAAAAUGCCUAUUAUUACAAAUAGAAUAAAGAAUUUUCUAUCUGAAACUAUGAAGAGAAAUGAAUUUGAUCAUACUAUUUUACACAAUUAAUAGAUUCAAUUAAUUGAUACUACUAUUCCAUUAAUUGAUGAUUAAGAUCCUAAAAUAGAUUAAGGAGAAUAAACUCCAAAAAAUAAAAAUUAAAUACAACAAUAAUUACCAGGUAUCAAGAGUCCACCUAUCGGCUAAUAGAAAUAAAGAAGAAAUAGUGAUCUUAAAAAAUUACCAGAAAUUAAACUUCCGAAACCUGAAAGACCUCCUAUUUCAAGGUAAUAAACAAGUCGAUAAUAAUUACAUUAAUUGCCUAGUUAACGUAUUUAGCCAUCUACACCUGAUUUAGCAAUUGGAUAAAAAUAAAAAAAGUCAAGAUUUAUAACUAAAGAAAGUCCUGAUUCAUUUUAAGGUUCAGAUUAAAUUUUAGAAGAAGCAACAAAAAAUAGUGAAUAAGAAAGUCCUAAGUUUUUUUAAAAUAUUUUAGAUAAACCCCAUAUUAAAAAUUUUAAAGGAUUAUCUAAAUUAGAUUAGAUUUAAAAAAUUAAAUAAGGAUUAAAAUCAGAAGAUGAAGCUAAAAAACCAGUAUAUAGAGUUCAUGCUUAACCUAAAUUGUUAGAAUAAUUUAUUAAAAGAUAGAGAGAAAGAAAAGUUUCUGAAGAAAUUAUAACUACUCAAUAAAAAUAAGAUUCCUAUUAAUGUUAAUAAUAAUAAUAAUAAUAAUUAGAAAAAAUUUCAGAAACUCCAGAAUAAAAAUUUUUAGAUAAAACUACUUUAAGUGAUUUUUAAAAUUCAGAAGAAUGUUAAUAAAUUUAAAACAAUUAAUAAACAGUUGAAACUGCAGCAUUUGAUUUCUAACCUUAAUUCUAAUUUUAGGUUUUUGAUGUUACUUAAAAAAAACCCACAAAAUAAACUAAACCAACUAAUUCAAAAACCGAUGAAGAAAAAAAUAAAAAAAAAAUUUAUAAAAUAAUAUAUAAGGAUCCAUUUUAAAAAAAAGCUUAAAAUAUAUAAAAAAGAAAUAGUGAAGAGGAUAUGAAAGAGAUGAUAAAUGAAUUAAAAAAUGUGCUUGUAAAAUUUAUUUUAUAAUUUUUUAGUCAGAAUAACCUAAAAAAAUUGAAGAGCCUUUAUAGUAAGAGUAAAAUGAUUCAGAGAACUCAAGAAUUUAUUCAGAAGAUUCAAGUGAAGAUUUUAGAGAAAAUGCUGAUACCUUACCUCCUAAGACCUAAAUUAAUACUUGGAUGAAAGGUAAUUCAUAAUAAAUAUUAAAUGUAAACACUUCUAAAUCAUAACCUGAACCUCGUUAAGUUAAUCAGAGUGGUUCAAAGAUAUUAAAAGAUAAACUCAUAACAAAAUUAGGAUCACAUUUUGAAUAAUUAUAUAAAUUAGCUAAGCUAUGUUCUCAUUAAAAAGAUUUAGGGAGGUAGGAUAUAAAACAGGCUAUUUUGGAUAAUCUUGAUUUGGAUGAAAAUAAGGCAGAUACAUGUGCUACAUUGUUAGUAACAUUAGCAACUAUAGGUUACUGA